GGAUCCUGCGCGGGCGGUCACCAGCCAGGGUGCUGAGGAGGGGCCUGCACCUCCCAGGAAGGCAGUGCAAGGGGUGCCUGUGCAGGCACAGGCUGAGCCACCACCUGUGUGGGAGGCGCCCCCCCUCCCAUGGAGGGUGUUGAGGCGGAUUGUCCACCUGUGGAGCCAGCCCCCAUGGAGGUUGUGCAGGAGCCACCACCUCCCACUGAACCUGCUCAUACAGAACCUGGGUACGUGGAGCUGCCACCUCCAGUACAGCCGCCCCUUCACAUGGAGCCAAUCUCCAAGAAAUCUCCCCGAAAAGACGGUAAAAAGGAAAAGCCCAACAUGCAGAGUGAAGGGGCCCACAAGGAGCGAGUCCUUAUUGAAGUUGGCUUAGUGCCUGUUAAAGACAGUCAGGUUUUAAAGGAGAGUACAGAGGCACAGGCCCUCUCAGCACCAUCACCACUGCCAAGGGAGAAGGAGGAGGAGUCAGGAGACCAAAAUUCACUCUCUGAUGGUCCAGGAAAUACAGAAGGCCCCUUGCAGAAAGAGGGAGCAGAAGAGGCAGAUGAGAGUAUAGCUGAUGGAGCCGCUGCUGAGGAAUCUUCCAGUGUUUCAGCUUCGGUCUUGAAGUUGAGCUUGCCAAAGUGUGAAACUUCAGAUGGGGAAUAUCAGACUCACUCAGAUGAGGCUUGCGAAAUGGAAAUGGUCACUGAUGAGAGCGCAACAGAGAAUCUCCCAGCUAAAGGUGCUGCACUUGAAGAACCAGCUUCGCCAUCACUUUUCUCUCCAUCAGUGGAAGAACAAGACGCAGUGUCCAAAACCACUCUGCCUUUGGCUCCUGCUCCUGUUAGUGUGACAGUAAAUGAGUCUCAGGAAACUGAUGAAGAUGAAGGCAUCCACAGUCACGAUGGAAGUGACCUAAGUGACAACAUGUCAGAGGGUAGUGAUGAUUCUGGAUUGCAUGGGGCUCGGCCAGUUCCCCAAGAAACUAGUGCAAAAAAUGCAAAGGAAGCCCUGCCAGUCAAAGUGGCUGAGGGAGAUUUUGUUUGUAUCUUCUGUGAUCAUUCUUUUAGAAAGGAAAAAGGUUACAGCAAACACCUCAAUCGCCAUUUAGUUAAUGUGUACUUCCUUGAAAAAGCAGCUAAAGGGCAGGAGUAA